CGCCUUCAGUCGAGUACGGACAUCCAACGGGUACACAUCUCGGUGGUGGUUGAAAACACACAACUAACUCAAUUCUUACUACACUGUUUUACUACCUAAACACAAGCGACUACGAGCAAGCAUUCCGUUCGUUCGUUUCGUUCAUUCAUUCAUCUAAACAGAAAAACAAAGAUUGUUUUUACAUGAACACAAUAACAACCACGUUACAAACAAAAAACAAAUAGGUACUCGUCGUACAUCCGACAGAUUGCAAAAUAUCAAGAGUAGAACAUUUUAGUACGUACAUCAUCUAGAUACUCAUUCAGUUCAGAUAGAUAGAUACAUUGUACGUACGUACGGCUGUCUGCUACUUUACUCGACUACCUACUGUAGCAGAUUGUAUUGUGUACUGUAGUAUUAUAAGACUUAUUUUAUUAUUGUACAACUAACUAGCUAACUGAUAGACAAGCGCGGCUAACAACGUGUUGUUAGAGGAAGAGAGAGGCAAAAUACUCCGACAUUUGCUACACAGAUACAGAUACUCACUCACAGAUACUAUGUACUAGCUAAUACUCGUUCGUACACACAACAAUAAUAAUAAUAAAACAAAAAAGUAUUUUAAAACUUAAAUACACACCGCUAACGUAAAAGUUAAACAGUGUGUCUGUGUUGCUCGUUGUGUACGGUUCUCGGUUCGAGAAAGUUAUUAAAAACAAAAAAAAAUUCAAAAUAUUUAUUUAAAGAAAAAUAAUUGCUAAAUUGUAAAAUUUUAUAAAAAAGAAAAUUACAAUUUAUUAAGUGGAAUUUCAAAAAAAUAAAAAUACAUACACCUCUCUAUAUAACAGCCAAAGUUAUAUAAUACAUAUUAUAAAAAUAAAAUAAAAAGAAAUUAAAUAAAAUAAAAUUUAUUUAAUUUUUUUGUAAAUUAUAAACAUCUUUACAAAUACCCACAUACACAUAUAAAAUGUCUGCCGCCACAGAACAACAAAAUAACGGUGAUGUCGCUGUUGAGAAAGUUGCCGCCGAUGCUGUUAAGGAUGAUUUAAAAUCACAGAAAGCUGCCGUAGAAGAUAGCAAACCAGCGGCGGCCGACAAUGGAACAGCGUCAAAGGACGAUGUCCAUGAAGAUGAUGUCGCACCCGUUAAAGAACAUGUGAAAGGAACAAAACGGCCGGCUGAAGGUAAAAAUUCAGAUUCAAAGAAAGCCAAGAAAGAAAAAGCCCACGAUGCUGACUCAGACGAUGAAGAUGUCAUCGAUGAAGAAGGUAAUGAGGGCGAUAGUGAUAUUGAAAGUGACGAAUAUGAUAUCCCCUAUGAUGGAGAAGAAGAUGAUAUUGAAUGUGAAGAUGACGAUGAUGAAAACGAUGAUGGUUCGGGUUCCGACGAUCAGGCGUAAUGAUAAUAUAUUAGUCAAAACCUCUUAAAAUAAUAAUUAAUUCAAACAAAAUAAUGCAAAAAAUUUGAACAUAUACAAAAACUCUAAAUUUAUAAUUAUAAAUUUUUAUGUUAAGAAAUAUUUUUCAUUUCUUAUUUUAAUUUUAAUUGUAUGAAUGUGUAAUUCUAUAUUUUAUUUUUUUAAGAAAGGAAAGUUUUCAUUUGACAAGAUAAAUUUUCUUUUUUCGCUCUAUAUCUUUAAGUCGUCUUUUUUAUAUAUGUUAUUUAAAAAAGUAUAUAUAAUUUAAACACAAAAAAAAAAAUUAAAGAAAAAAUACAAAAAAGUAAACACAAAACCAUUAAUUAAGCAUUAGACGUUAUAUAUGUAGCUAUACAAAAAGAAAAAACAUAAAACAAACAAUAAUACAAGCAAAAAGUAUUUAAAUAAAACAUAAAAAAACACAUUAA